GAAACCUGUCAGUAAUUAUUGAUAGCUUUUUAACACCCCAAUUAAACUUAGUCAGAGAUUAGGCAGUGCUAAGGUUUUUACAGCUCUGUGUGUAACCUCCCACACUUAAAUUAGUAACACAUCAGGACAACUGUGCAAUUUCAAUGGCCUUGCACUGAACAGUGCACACUCGCCUGCACAGACUUAAAAAACAAUUGUUUGUUCUUGUUUUUAUUUAGAAUUCUGAAGGACUGAUGGGCAACGAAAAAAUCAGAGACUAUGACUCCAUCACGUCUUUCCUUGGAAGUUGGGGACCAUUUCAGAUGAGAAUUUUCUUUGCACUGGCCGUCAGCAUCCUCCCAAAUGGAUUCACCGGGAUCUACAUUAUAUUUGUGGGCGAUACUCCCCCUCAUGAGUGCCGCAUUCCUGACAGCUACAACCUAAGCGAAGCGUGGAGAAAUGAGACGAUACCGAUGGAGACGGUGGAUGGAGCUGUACAGCGCAGCUCGUGCAGGAGGCUUCACCUGGAAACCGUCAGAAACUAUUCAGAAAGAAACAUCCUCCCCAACGUGGACGUGAAUGUGAGUGAGAUUCCCUGGGAAAAGUGCCGGGAUGGCUGGAUAUACAGCAGAGAGAUCUAUGAGUCAACUAUUGUCACAGAAUGGGACUUGGUAUGUGACGAUGCAUACAAAAGUCCACUGACCACCUCCAUUCACUAUGUUGGUGUUCUGGUGGGAACUGUGGUAUCAGGACAGCUCUCUGACAGGUUUGGAAGGAAGCCGAUGCUUUUCAUCAUGAUGGCUCUGCAGACUGUGGCAAUCACAGCUCAGAUCUUCUCCCCAAACUGGGAGAUCUUCACCUUCAUUUUCUGUCUUGUGGGGGCUGGUGGAUACUCCAACUACACCAUUGCAUUUGUCCUGGGGUCUGAAAUUCUCAGUCCGCGGAUCCGAGUGGUUUUCUGCUCUCUUGGAGUCUUCAUGGGCUCAGCCGUGGGGUACAUGGCGAUGCCGGCUGUGGCCUAUUUCCUUCGAGACUGGCAGUCACUGCUGAUUGCUAUGGCUGCCUCUGGCUUAAUCUACAUUCCUCUGUGGUGGUUGCUCUCAGAGUCUCCACGCUGGCUCCUUUCUCAGGGGAAAGUAGAGGAGGCUGAGGCCAUCCUGAAAGAGGCUGCAAAAACGAACAAAGUCCAGGUUCCACAGCCCAUUUUUACACAAGCAGAGGUUGAGGAUGCUCUGGCAAUGAAGGAAAAGAAAAUCAACAUUAUGGUCAUUGUGAAAAGCUGCAACAUAUUAUCAAUAAUAAUGGCGUGUGCCAGUUUAUGGAUGAUCAUCACCAUAAGUUACUACGCUUUACUUCUCAACACGUCAAAUCUCAACGGGAACCCUUACUUGAACUGCUUCCUGUCGGCCGUGACAGAGGUCCCAGCGUACAUAAUUGCCUUGUUGCUGCUGCGAUUCUGCUCCAGACACAUCUGUCAGUCCUCCACACUUUUCCUGGGGGGCGUCAUGAUCCUCUGUGUGCGUCUCAUUCCAAUAGAUUUACCCGCAGUGGCUGUGCUUCUUGAAAUGCUGGGGAAGUUUGGAGUGACUUCAGCCUUCUGCAUUGUGUACUCGGUCACCUCUGAACUUUUCCCCACUGUGAUCAGAAACACAGCAAUGGGCUGCUGCUCCAUGGCUGCACGAAUAGCCACCAUUCUCUCCCCCUUCAUCAUUUAUCUGGGUAAAUACUACAAGGCUCUACCGUACAUAGUGAUGGGAGUUCUGGCUCUCAGCGGCGCUGUUAUCACGUUCAUCCUGCCAGAAACUCGAGGAAAAGUUUUACCAGAGACCAUUCCACAAAUGCAGAGGAUAUGCGGAAGAAGAAGUGACAAAGAAGACCACAUUGGAGAGAAACUGUCCAUUUGGCAGGGAAAAGAGACUAAAUUAUAGUUAUUUAUUGUUCUGGUCAGUGUAGUUAUUUCUGUUCUUGUGUGUUUGUGUGAAAUGUUUUUUUAUGAAACUGUGAUGUUAGACUUAUAUUCUCACCUUAAUCAAGUUUAAAUAAAUCAAUGUAUAUUAACUUUGUGCUUUACUUUAUUUUAAAAUACUCACAGUACAUGUAAGCUAUUCAAGAACGACAGCAAUGCCGGCAGAUCCACAAAUAUUGUAUGAAUAUUUUUAGCACGUCAUUCAUGUUUAAAUGAAGCUUAGUUUUAGAUGUUUAGGUUAUGUUGUUCAGCAAGUAAAAAAUGAAAUGCUGAUAAAAGGAGUCAAGUGUAAACUGCUUUAAGUUUUUUGUUUUUCUAUUAAUUGUAUGAAUUUAUGUCUGUUUUCUUUAUCUGGCCGAAUAAAGGUUUCUUUAAGAAAAUUGACAUUUUGUUGGUAAUCUUUUUUUUUUAUUGUUUGGAAAGGUAUGCAAUUAAAGUGGGGUAAAAUGGGAAUUACUCUAAAUUAUUUACAUGUUUUUAUUGUGAGCCAUAAGUGUAAUUCUAAUCAAUUGUAUGGAUUUGCUGCCAUUUAACAUUGUUCCCAUGGUACAUUAUAUGGUAAGAUUUGAUUUAUUUUGAGAAACAUAAUAAUGGCCAAUCUUGUAUGGUAAUCAUAAAAUA